AUGACUUCCAGCAACAUGAACAUGAUGAACAAGAUCGUCUUCUACGAGGACAAGAACUUCCAGGGCCGCUCCUACGAGUGCAUGAGCGACUGCCCCGACAUGUCCUCCUACAUGAGCCGCUGCCACUCCUGCAGGGUGGAGAGGGGCUGCUUCAUGGUCUACGACCGCACCAACUUCAUGGGAAACCAGCACUUCAUGAGGAGGGGCGAGUACGCCGACUACAUGAGCAUGAUGGGCAUGAACGACUGCAUCAGGUCCUGCCGCAUGAUCCCCAUGCACAGAGGCUCCUACAGGAUGAGGAUCUACGAGAGGGACAACUUCCAGGGCCAGAUGCACGAGCUGAUGGACGACUGCGACAACAUCAUGGACCGCCACAGCAUGUCCAACAUGAUGUCCUGCAACGUGAUGGAGGGCCACUGGCUGAUGUACGAGCAGCCCAACUUCAGAGGAAGGAUGAUGUACAUGAGGCCCGGCGAGUACAGGAACUUCUCCAGCAUGGGCAUGAGCAGUAUGAGGUUCAUGAGCAUGAGGCGCAUCAUGGAUUCCUGCCACUAGACGACGACUUGCCGCGGUGCAGCAAUUAGCUCCUGAACAAAUUCUAGAAAAUUAGAGACUAAACAACUUAUCUGAAGCAACACACACUGGAUGUUGACAGCAGCAAAAUGACUGACAACCACUGAACUGCACAUACAGACAGUCUUUGACUGAAGGCUGGCUGAUAAAGAACCCUAAUAAAUCUGAUUUGUUA